GGUGGCCUCGAAGUGGUGGCAGGGCCGCCCCCUGCAGUCCGGAGGCGAACGCACGGACCCGGCCUCCGGAGCCAGGUUUGGCUGGGAGGAACCGCUCCCGCUUCGUCCUACACUUGCGCAAAUGUCUCCGAGCUUACUCACAUAGCAUCUUGGUAUAUCAAAAUGAAAUGCAAGGAACCAAAAAUAACAUAAUUGAAGGCAGUAAAAGUGAACUUAAAUAGGAAGAUCAUCAGUCAAGGAAGACCCACUGGAGAACAGGGUCUUGCUCUGUCACCCAGGCUGGAGUGCAGUGGCACAAUCACGGCUCACUGCAGCCUUGACCUCCCAGGCUCAAGCGAUCCUCUCACCUCAGCCUCUUGAGUGGCUGGAACCACAGGUGUGCAUUACCAUGCCCAGGGACAGAAAAUAAAGGAAGCAGUGUUUUAUCAUGUGUAUUUCAGCAGGUCUUCGUGAAAUUUAACUAAAAAUAUGACUGCUCUCUCUUCAGAGAACUGCUCUUUUCAGUACCAGUUAAGUCAAACAAACCAGCCCCUAGAUGUUAACUGUCUGCUAUUCUUGAUCAUACUUGGGAAAAUAUUAUUAAAUAUCCUUACACUAGGAAUGAGAAGAAAAAACACCUGUCAAAAUUUUAUGGAAUAUUUUUGCAUUUCACUAGCAUUUGUUGAUCUUUUACUUUUGGUAAACAUUUCCAUUAUAUUGUAUUUCAGGGAUUUUGUACUUUUAAGCAUCAGGUUUACUAAAUACCAUAUCUGCCUAUUUACUCAAAUUAUUUCCUUUACUUAUGGCUUUUUGCAUUAUCCAGUUUUCCUGAUAGCAUGUAUAGAUUAUUGCCUGAAUUUCUCUAAAACAACCAAGCUUUCAUUUAAGUGUCAAAAAUUAUUUUAUUUCUUUACAGUAAUUUUAAUUUGGAUUUCAGUCUUUGCUUAUGUUUUGGGAGACCCAGCCAUCUACCAAAGCCUGAAGGCACAGAAUGCCCAUUCUCGUCACUGUCCUUUCUAUGUCAGCAUUCAGAGUUACUGGCUGUCAUUUUUCAUGGUGACGAUUUUAUUUGUAGCUUUCAUAACCUCUUGGGAAGAAGUUACUACUUUGGUACAGGCUAUCAGGAUAACUUCCUAUAUGAAUGAAACUAUCUUAUAUUUUCCUUUUUCAUCCCACUCCAGUUAUACUGUGAGAUCUAAAAAAAUAUUCUUAUCCAAGCUCAUUGUCUGUUUUCUCGGUACCUGGUUACCAUUUGUACUACUUCAGGUAAUCAUUCUUUUACUUAAAGUUCAGAUUCCAGCAUAUAUUGAAAUGAAUAUUCCCUGGUUAUACUUUGUCAAUAGUUUUCUCAUUGCUACAGUGUAUUGGUUUAAUUGUCACAAGCUUAAUUUAAGAGACAUCGGAUUACCUUUGGAUCCAUUUGUCAACUGGAAGUGCUGCUUCAUUCCACUUACAAUUCCUCAUCUUGAGCAAAUUGAAAAGCCUAUAUCAAUAAUGAUUUGUUAAUAUUAUUAAUUAAAAGUUACAACUGUAGUAAGAUCAUAAUUUUGUAAACAGAAAGAACUCAGGACAUACUAAAGAAUAAACUGAACUAAAGCUUUUGCCCCUUAA